GAAAUGGACUGACCCAGCAAGGUCUUAUUUUCGCUAACAAAGGGACAGUUAAAGACUUCCACGCCGCUGAAACAACAUUCUACAAUCCCCCAUCUGUUUCCUAUCAACCCCCAGCAGAGAGUGAUAUUGCAGUCCUGGAAUUAACUUCCACAUUAAACACAAAACAUUCACUACCAUCAUCGGACAAAAUACCUUCUACUCAGCAGUUUCCAGAUCUGUCACCAACCUCAGGAUUAACCAGCAGGCACUUAUCAAAAACUCACUCUCACUCUGAUACAAUCCAACAUCUGUCUUCGGUUUUGAAGCAGGAUAUGAUGUCUCAGCCAAGUGUUACAACUCAGGAUGUGUCAUCGACCACAUGGACGGGUCAGCUGACACUGUCUGGGCAAACUGAAUGCAAGACUUCACUCUCGACCUCAAUGUUAGACCCCUCUUUGACAAUGUUUACAACAGCCUUACCUGCAGAGUGUGGCUAUUUAAAUGGACAACAUGAGGCGAUACAGUCCUUCAGCUCAAACAACUUGUUGAUGCCCUUUCAACCAACUCCUCAGUUGAGCUUUCUUUUCACUAAGACCCAACGUAUAUUUUCUAUACCAUCAUCUGUGGUCAAAGUUCAGCCUUCUAUAGAACAUCCACCCUUAAAAUCAGCUCAUGAGAGUGUACAGUUAAUGCCAUCAAUUCAACCAACUCAUCAAACACUUCUGUUUAUGGAAUCUCAGGAAAGAGAUGCCUCUUCUCAUCGACUUAUAGUAACUGGAAUGUCAACAAGAGUCCUGACUGAAGUUUCACCGAGUUCAAGUGAGACACUUCACAACACUGGGUUCCUGACGGAGGACCAUUUUGAUCCAACUGCUCCCUCUACUGUUCAGGAGUCAUACACUACAUCCCUUGUUCAUCAGAAGCAGACUCUUGAUCGUUCUUUUUCUCUAUGUGGCAAAGGUUUGUCAAAUAGUUUAGCCUCAGGAGUGAAAAGUGAUUGCCUUGAGACCACAUCAGAGCACAUCGUGGACUUUUGGAGAAGUUUUUCACAAGAUAAGAAGACUGCUUUCCCAUCAGAAGUUUCCAUGCUUGUAACAAGUGAACAGUUUUUUUUUAACCAAGACAUCCAGGAAAUAUAUGUUGCUAAAUUCCCACAGUCUUCCUGACACUGGAGUUGUUUCAAGAGAACAAGCUGAGUCAAAUAAAUGUAUGUCCUCACUGUUCAUAUCAACAAGAAAUCUCUAUGCAAGUACCACUAAUGAAAUACACCACUCAGCAACUUCUCCACUAACAGAUAUUUCAGAAAGGACUUCUCCAGAAGGCAGUGGCUUCUCAGUAGUUUCAUACACAUCAUUCAAACCACCAUCUGUCCUCGCUGGUGGUUGCAUCAGUAAACAGAAUUCCUUGUUAAUUUGCGAGUCAUUUACUACAGACAGCAGUGGGCUAAUCACAAAAGGACGUCCCACUCAGCAGAUUCCCAGAACAUUUUUGAGUCCACUUUAUUGGACUUCAACCACAUCAUUAGAAGCUGCAGGCCUUUCUUCAUAUGAAAGACAGAACUCAGUCAAGCCAACACUGCCCUCUGCUUCUUUCUCAAGCACCACAAAUAUGCCGCCCAGAGUGGUGCAACCUAUUCCACCGUUGAUGGCCACAGUUGGCUUCCCCUUUCACUUCAAAAUCCCACCUGAGACCUUCCUCGACCAAGAAGACGGCUACGCAGACACCCUCUCCCUGGAAAUGAAGCUAAUUGAACAUUGGGACCUGGUUUGCGUUGGACGACAUGGAGCUUCAUGGUGUUCCUCUUGAGGUGGACCUGCAGUUUGCUCCCCAGAAUCUUCUCCUGGUUGCACAGGACAGAGAUGGUCUUAGCACCUGGCUGCCUCUGACCAUCGAUCUGCGUCACAGCCCUUUUGACCCUUGUCAUGUUUUCACCAUAACUGUCCACCGCAGUCUUCAAUCCAUCCUCCGUCAGCGCCACAGGGUGGAGCUACUGCUCAGAAAACUGUCUGGAUUCUUUAACAGCUCCAGUAACCAACACCUGUCUGUUGUUUCCAUGAAGCAUGGGUCCACUGUGGUGUCUUUUUACAACACCAGCUUGUGUGGAGCUGGACAAUGCAGUCUGGAUCAGAUACAUAGCAUGUGGUUUGCAAUGCGUUCUACAGAUGCAUCAGUCAACCCUGCGUUUAGAGAAGCAAUGCUCCCAGAGUUCCCUAUCACUAAAGUGGGAUCUGUGAGCUACAGACAAGACUGUUUCUCCACAUCUACUCCCACAUUCAGCGGAUCUACGCCUGCUUUCCAAACUACCUUGAAGCCCAGUUUAAGCACCAACACUUCCCUGAACUCCACCUCUAACAUCUGCACCUUCGCAUCUCCAGCCAACUCACAACAGAUCACCCAUUAUCAAAAGAUGGCUGCCAUGUUUACAGCUCUCCUCGUUGUCUGCCUUCUAAUCCUCAUCGUCAUCCUCGUUGCUGUGGUACUCCAUUCCUGGAAAGUUCGUGAGAGGUCAAGAACAACCGUCACUUGGCCAGCAGGCCGAGUCGACAAGUUUCAGAGGGAUCUGAGAGCCAUCAGACCAAGACGGUCUCCAAUUUUUGAGCCUGAGCUUCCUCCACCACCUUUGCAGCUUUGGUUUGACUUUUCACAAGGCGAUGAGCACAAACUUCCAUCAACAUUUGAGCAGGAGAGGAACAUUUUUGACAAUGAACUGCAGCCUCGUCUUAUAAGACACGACUCCUCAAGUAUUUGAGGUGGAAGAAAUAGCAAAAAGGUCCUUCAUUGAUAAGUAUUCUGAUACAUCUUAAAUGUUUCCAUGAAACUGCAUUCAUUUUUUUGUGAAAAAAACCUUUUCUUGGAUUAGUCUUUUUUUGUGUGUGUACAUGGCAUACACUACUUUGUUUAAAUGCAAAUAAUUACAUGUUUGAGUUGGUGAACAAUGCACCUUAGUCUUAAAGGCAGGCCAUUUAAAUAAAUGAGUCCAUUGUAUGUUUUGCACAUGGCAUAAAUAGGAUUAAUGUAGUUGUAAAAGUUUGUAACACACCAUUUGAAAACUUGAACAGGGUAGAGGUAGCUGUUUGAUUGGCUUUCUCACACCAGAGAAUCAGCCAAUCACAUCGCUGGCUUUUUGGGAACAUUUUUAGAAACACUUUGUAGCUUUUUUUUUGAUUCACUUUACUUUUGCGAUCUAAGUUUGUUUUUUUAAUUUGUGUUUAUAACUAGAUCAAAAUAAUCACUUCAACAUGACAUACUUUGCGCAAAAGUCUUUAUUGACAGUUUUAAUGUGUUACACAAUAUGUGAACAGCUUAUCUACAAAUUAUGGGUAAAAAAAAAAAAAAAUAGAAAUUCCUCUUUAGAGUUUGCUUUCUAUUUCAUUUGAUGUCCUUGUUCUGAGGGUAUAAUGGGAUGCCUGGGUCAAGAAAUAAAAUAAAAUAAAAAACUGUGGUCCACAAUCUCGUCCUUGGCAGUGGUGAAUAAUGAUUCCAUUGUAACAUCAUCUGGAAGCUUUUCCAUUUUCAUGAACUUCCA